GGGAGGGCCGACAGAACCAGGGUAGCAGCAGCCAUCCUCCCGACGGAACGACUGUUCGAGUCACUACCAUGAGCCAUAACUCCCAAGCCUUCUUGCCCACCAAUGCCGGACUUCCCCCAAGCUAUGAGACAAUCAAAGAGGAGUAUGGGGUGACUGAGCUGGGGGAACCCCACAGCUCAGCUGUGGUGAGGACCACCGUGAUCAACAUGCCCAGAGAGGUCGCUGUGCCUGACCAUGUGGUCUGGUCCCUCUUCAACACACUCUUCUUGAACUUCUGCUGCCUGGGUUUCAUUGCCUAUGCCUACUCUGUGAAGUCCAGGGACAGGAAGAUGGUGGGUGAUGUGAUUGGAGCCCAGGCCUACGCCUCUACUGCCAAGUGCCUGAAUAUCAGCUCCCUGAUCUUCAGCAUCCUAAUGGUCAUUAUCUGCAUCAUUAUCAUUUCCACCACCUCUGUGGGGCCUAGGAAGCAAGACUACUUACUGCUGAAGUUAAGACCAAGGAAACGCAAGACUCCCCUGUAA